CCCAGAUCGAACAAAGUCGCCACCGUCCAAUCUCAAACGAUCCCUUUGAAAAAAAAUCGUCACAAUGGUUUACGAGUCCGAUUUUUACACGACCAGAAGGCCGUACCGCUACACGCCUUCUUAUUCGACGUACACAACUUCGAGUGUACCAUCACGUCAAGUACGAGUACUGCCAGGUCUUGGAAAGGUUCAUAUAGUACACACCUAUGACCGCAUCGUUCCCUAUGUUGGACACAAGAGAUUGACCGUGGUGACAACUCCACCAAAAGUACAUUCAACAAGACCUUCGAUCCUUCAACGGGAAUAUGACUGGAUUGAGAACAGAGUCAGACCAUGGGUGGGUUACUCGGCAUUGAACAACUACCUCAACUCCAAUUCUGCUGUGAGGAUUGUUUAUAAUCGAUAUCCAAGCCUGCUGAGUGAUUCUUUCUCUUCUUCCUCUAUGUACCGGAAGUAUGAGCCAGUAAGUCAGUAUACUAGCACUUACGAUGACUACUGGCCUUAUUAUAACCCAUACUGGCGUUUGAGGAGACCGUAUACUUACAUUAGACGUUUCUAUACGUCUCCUCUCUACAGCAGUUUACAUUUUGACUCAUGGUUUGAUAGAUACAUUGAUUGGUGCUUUAAUUAUUGGCCAAGAUACACGUCUAGCAAUUACACAGUUUCUUUACCAAGCCCAAGAAGAUAUUAUUGGUAUUGGCCAAGGUAUUAUCCUAGAAGAAUGGUUUACGUAGGAAAUACUCUGCCUCUCUCUGACUAUACGAAUUAUUAUCAAGUAAACAGGCCACUGUACUAUCAAAAAUAUUGGCCAUACACCUCUCUUAACUAUCUAUCGACCUGGUGGCCAAGAUACAGAUAUUACUUAGACGAUGAUGACCUCUCCUACCGAUCUUUAAGAAUGCAACGUAUAUUUGAUGAUGAAACUAGAAUGAUUCGUGCUCAAACAGCUUCUCUUUUGAAAAGCAUUCAUUUACCUGUACCACGCCAUAGAAGCUACCCAAUCACUUCUCUGAACAGAUAUGGCGAAUAUCCUGCAAGGUUAUCAAAUGAUCAUUACAUUAACAGAUUAAUGAACAUUUCUCCAAAGAAUUCCAGAGUAGAAUUCGUUACUUAUUUCACAGAACCCAUCAAGAAGUAUAUUGGCCAAGGUCAUCUUUCCUGUGUUUCUUACGUUGGAGACCGUGGUGUCCAUGGACGUAGACGUAACGUUUACAUCUACGAGGAUCCAGUCAAGAACGACAUCCAACUGUUGAGUUUUUAUAUCAAUAAAUUCAGGGAGGAAAAGAAACAAAAAGCUAUUGAACCAGCAAAAGCUGCUCUCUCUCCAAUUCGCCCAUCCAGAAGGUUCAACUCUGCCAAACAACUGAGUGACGAAACUCCACCAGAGAUCAAAGAACUUCGUGAAGCAAGAGCAGCUAGACUAGCCAAGAUCAACGCUGAAGAUGCUCCAUCUGUCGAAGACACGCUUAAGGAGAAGAAGAAAAGGGAAGAGGCUAGACUGGCUGAAGAGAGAGCUUUAGCAGAGGAACAAGCAGCCAAAGAGGCUCAGGAGGCUAGAGAGAGAAAAGAAAGAGCUGCCAAAGAAGCAGCAGAACGAGCAGCUGAACUGGAGAGGCAAGCAGAAUUAUUAAGACAGGAAGAAUUGGCGAAACAGGCUGAGAUAGAAAGAGCUCGCAAAGAACAAGAAGCCCAACAGCGAUUGGAGGAAGAAAGACGUCAAGCAGAAGAAUCAAGAGCGGAGGAAGAGAGGAAGCAACUCAUUCGACUCCAAGAAAUCGCCAAACAAGCUGAAGAAGAGAGGGAGGCAGAGCUCGCGCGACAAGCUGAAGAGCUAGCCGAAUUAGCGAGGCAAGAAGCCGAGUUAGCAGAACAAGCUAAGAGGGAAGCAGAAGAAGCAGAGCUAGCUAGACAAGAGAAAGAAUUAGCCGAACAGAAACGUUUGCAGGAGGAAUUAGCAGAACUGGAGAGGCAAGAAAGAGAACUUGCUGAAGCGGCAGAAAAAGCCAAACAAGAAUCGGAAAUUGCUAUGCAGGAGGCUGAAGAAGAGACACCACAAGACACAACUCAAGUAGAAGAAUCACCAGAAGAACAAGUGGAGAAAGAGGAAGCAGUUGACGACGAAGCAGAAAAACCUCAACAGGAUGAGCAAGUGAGUGAAACAAAUAGAGAAGAAAUGGACGAACCUGUACAAGUUGAAGAGGAACAAGAACCGGAAGAACACAAUCAAGAAGAGCCUCUAGUGGAAGAACCAGCACCAGAAGAUGAAGACGAACCUGUUGCUGAAGCUGAAGAAAUUCCCGCAACUCAAGAAGAUACCGCUGAUGAAGCAGAAGAAGAGGAGGAAGAAUAAAAAAAAUGAAUCUAUAUUUUAAUUUAACUUAAGAUAAUGGAAAUUCGACAAAUUUUAUUUUCAUAUUGAAUAAUUUCAUUGGAAUUUACAUUUGGUUAUGUUUCCGUUUUAUGUUGCAUUUUGUUUUGCAUUUAAUGAAAUUCUGUUCAUCACAUCAUCCAAAUUUCAUCUGUUUUUAUUAUGCUUUUAUUUUUAAUAAAUUAUUGUUAUUUU